CUCAGGCUGAGGCUAAGACAGUGAGUGAGACAGAGGACAGCAAACCCGUGACUGAAAAUGCUGAGAUUCCUCUCGAAUUGAAUGAAGACAAGCCUGCAGAAAAUAAUCAAUGUGAGGAGGAAAAAAAAGAGGUGCUACUUACCUCCUUGCCCGUAAUCCUAUGCCACGAGCAGUGUGUAUGGUAUGCCUCGUUAAGACACGAGGAAAAGCCCCACCUCCAUCCAGUCUCUGGUUCCUUGCUGGACUGCAACUGCCUCGAUCUGAGUUUGCCCAAUCACAGCAGUGUUUACUGCACAAGUCUGAGGUUGUUCAUGAUGAUUGUUCGAUGAAACAGAUGCCAGUGUGUGUUGUCGGACAUUCAGCAGUGAAAAUUGCAAAUGUUUGCUGCUGCUUGCACCAUGCCAUAACUGCAUUCCAAAUUUGUCGUAUCUGGCAGUUGUUGGUGCAGAAGUCAUCAGCGUUGUUUUUAAGGCAAUUAAAAAAAAAUUAAAAAAAUAAAGACUGAUGUUGCUUAAUCUUCAGCACCACACACAAAAAAAAAAGUCAAAUCGGUAUGAACUCUGUCCUUGAACAAAGAAAUAGUGUCUGUUGCUGAGAGGAAUCCACUGUGUUAAUAUUUUUAUUUGCAUUUUUGAGAAUGAAUAUCCCUGGCGUGCUGACAAAGGAGGUGUGUCAUGACUGCACUCCAGACAGUGUCUCAUCCUGCGUGAACCGUGGUGCUAAAAAUGUGAUAGCAUUGUCUACUGUAAUGCCAGCAGUGUAGAACUGUACCUGUCGUAUUCACCUUUUGCCAUAUGGACUCUUCAUGCCACCACUUGCCCACUAUGUAUUAAGCAGUGGCUCUUAUCUGAAGAAGUUGCUGAUGUUUUACCUGAAACUGUUCCUUAAAGUCUGUCCUUGAACUGUGUAGUAUGGAAAUGGAAUUUUGCUCGUGUGAAAAUUGCUGUGCCAUGAUAUUCUCAAUGAGUUCUGAUGUCAUAUUGCAUAUGUCGGUUGUGUGGACAUUCCAGAUGCUUGCUUGUUAAACCUUCUGUUGCCUUCAUUUAUACAUAUGCUCAGUGGCAUCUUUCUCCAAACCUUCGUAAAAGGACUUGUUCAUGUGUUGCAUUAUUUUCUGAAUUUGAAAAACUGAAUAAAAUUGAUAUGUAGACAUCAGGUGGAGCUGAGGAAAGAGGACCCUCCUCAUCUUAGUUCUUACUGCACGUUUGGCCAGGGAAACUAUCAUAGCUCUGGUACAUCACCCAGUACUGGUGGGGAAGAGUAGCAUUGUCCCCCCUUUAAGCAGACAUUUUCAACAUAUCCCAGGUGAACUUGCCUUCUGGGAGAUUGAAAUGAAAAGCAGAAUUUCCCAGUUCCAUUGCCAAAUUUGGAACUGCAACUGUUCAAGCUGCAUUUUUUUGCCUGGUGUUUGAAAACAGACUGGAGAUGUUGGUCUUGUGUUCCCGAUACCUUGCUUUGUUGCGAUGUACUUUGAGCUUUGUAUGUAUUCUUCCUCCUGAUUGCUGCUUGGGGAAACUGUAUGUGGCAAUCCACAAGCUUAUUCUACACAUGUAUGCUCACUAGAGACGUUGCCAAAUGUAUUGGAGUUGUACUUCGAACUUCAUAUAUAGCUUCAUCCUAAGUGCUCCUCGUGUGAACUGUUAUAUGGCAGUGUCAGCACAAACCUCACACACAUUACAGAUUUGGCCGUGAUGUAUUGAUCUUCGAAGUUAUACUUUGAACUUUUGUAUAGGUUAUUCAUCUUGGUUGCUGCACAUAAGAACUGUAUGCGAUUAACUAAGCAUGAUUCCCCACACCCAUUUACACACUUCUAUUUAAAGGCUUGUUUUUAUGUGAAUGUGACUGUCUUCCAACUGUGCUGUUUCAUGUGGCUCAUCGUAGAAAGCCACAUCUGAAGUCAAUCAGGCCGUUCUUGGACUCCUUUCAAGUUGUUUACCCAGUUUUUGAGCUGUGUGGACAUUUGUCUUUGGCGCUUCCCUAUAGUAGUAUCGAUACUUGCUUUGGGAUUUUGUUGGACUUAACGUUUUUAAAGACUGGAUUUUCUUAAGAAAAAGUGUCUACCACAAAAAAAAAAAAAAAAAAAAAACUGUUCAUAAUCACAUCAACUCUUCAGUAGUUUAAAGCACAGUCUCUACAGCAAUCAGCUAGCAGUGAGGGCUCAUUCUGAUUGGACCAGUUGUUUCCUAGAUACAGUACACACUGAAGUGCAAUUGGGCGCGCUUGCCAGCAAGUGGCAUUGAAGACCAGGUGUGAGAGGGAUAUCGCUCCAAAAGCGUUUAUGAGGAAGAUUGCUGUAGUCUCUGCUUCUAAGCCUGCAUCAGGUGGAGCUGUGGAAACAGAAGCAGGUCAGCCAGCUCGGAAACGUCGUUGGGGGACCAGUACAGCAGCUACACAGAAGAAGCCAUCUAUUAGCAUCACAACAGAAUCGUUAAAGAGCUUGAUUCCAGACAUCAAACCUAUCAUGGGUCAGGAGGUUGUACUAGAUCUUCAUGCAGACGAUGCACGCAUUUCUGAGGAUGAAAGUGAGAAAAAUGGCGCGGAUAACUCAAAUGACAAGGGACUGAAGAUUCGUAGAACUGUAACACAGGUGGUUCCUGCAGAAGGGCAAGAAACUGGACAACUUGACCAGAAAGAGGAAGGCGAGGAUGAUGAGGAAGAGGAGGGACAGGUAGUGGAGGAAGAGGAGAAACCACCUCCCCCAGAGAUGCCUAUUAUUUCACUGAGUGACAUUCCACUCCCUGCUGAGCCACAAGUGAAGAAAGUGACGGUAAGCAACACCACCACACUGGUGCGGAGGUCCAUCAACCAGCAGCGAACUGGAGUGUCUGUGACCAUUGAUGACCCUGUUCGUAUUGCACAACAUAUCUCGCCACCACGAGGCAAGGUGUCCACCAUUGUACACAUCUGUAACCUGGUUCGACCUUUCACUCUGGCACAGCUGAAAGCACUCCUGAAUCGAACUGGCAGUAUAAUAGAAGAAGGUUUCUGGAUUGACAAGAUAAAGUCUCACUGUUAUGUAACGUAUUCCACAAUGGAUGAAGCUCUGACCACCAGAAAUGCUUUGCAUGGAGUGAGGUGGCCGCAGUCCAACCCCAAGUUUCUCUCAGUAGACUUUGCAGAGAAAGAUGAGCUUGACUUCCACAAGGGACUGCUUUCUGAGAAACCAGGGGAGAAGAAACUGGAAGAACCACCACCACGCCUUGCCCUUCGUGAGCAAGAGCGAGAACGUGAACGGGAGAGAGAACGAGAGCGUAAUAGAGAGCGUGCUGUACGUGAUCAGUGGGCUGAAAGGGAACGGGAAAUGGAGCAUCGAGAGCGCACUCGGGCUGAGAGGGAGUGGGAUCGUGACAAGGUCAGGGAUUACAAGCAUCCAGAGGUGCCUAGGUCACGUUCUCGAUCUCGAGAGCGUCGUCGGAAGGACAGGGCAAAGUCAAAAGAGAAAAAAAGUGAAAAGAAAGAGAAAGCACAGGAGGAGCCCCCAGCUAAACUUCUGGAUGACUUGUUUCGAAAGACUAAAGCAAUCCCAUGCAUUUAUUGGCUUCCACUCACAGAGGAUCAGAUUGCUGCCAAGGAGUCUCAGCGUGCAGAGCGAGCAAAAGAGAGAGAGAAAAGGAGGAAAGAGGAGGAAGAGGAAGAGCGUAAACGUGAGGAAGAGAGGAAGGAACGUUUUAAGGAGCGUGAAAAGGAAAGAGAGAGAGAGAUGGACAGAGAGAAGCGUAGAGAACAUAGUAGGGACAAGGAAAGGGGUAGAGGACGAGACCGAAGCCGUGAACAUAGGGACACCAAACGUCGUAGUAGAAGCCGAAGCAGAAGUACACCUGUUCGAGACAGAGGAGGUCGACGCUGAGAGUAACUGGGCUCUGUGUGCAUUGGGAAGGUGAACAAAAGUGGAAAAAGCACCUUCUUUAUUUCCAGAAAUUUCAUUUUAUAGUGUCAUUCCAUUUUCGUAGGUGACCAUUUUGGCCAUUUGGUGUGACACAGGUGAGAAUGAGUUCCCCUCCUUUUUAUGUAUCCUCUGUGCUCCUUUUGGUGGUCACUGUACAAGGAUGGACCAGGUGUGUUCUUCUGACAAUCAUUCAGUCAGUCUUGUUUUAUUUCUGUUUACUGAAUGUGUACUUGACAGCAGGUAAAGUUUUAAGUGCAACUGCCUCUAAAGUGGAAUAUCUGAGUAAAAAAAGAUGUGCAUGUAUAGUUGUCAAAGAUGAUAUAGGAUGUACACUUGUGGCUGUAAGGUGAUCUGUGUAUGGAGAUCAGCAAUUAUGUAUGGAAAACCUUUUUUUCUCUUUACAGAACAAGGCACUUUCAUCUGUGCGCUAAUGCAUGUGGAGAAUGGGAAAAAUCUACGAAAGGCUUUGAUUUUUUGGUUUGAAAAAAAAAAUGCUGAUGUCAUCUACCAUGAUCCCUGCAUAGUGUGAUAAGAGGAAUUUGGGAAAGACCUACGCAGACAUUAAUCGUUUCCUGACUGUCUUGUGUGUAAUACAGAUGCUGGAGUUUAUCACCAUAUUGGUGGAUAUUAGCCUGCUUUACUGUGAAAGAUGACCGGUUGUGUGACAAGACCAUUUGUCAUGUGUUGGUAAACUGUGCUGUUGUUCCUCCGUAUGUCUAGGUAACUGACACCUUGUAUCUGUGUUACCAGCUUUUAAAAGCAAAUCUGUCUUCUUUUUGUUUAUUUCCAUUUUAGGGGAAAAUGGGCAAAUAUGAGGAGCAUAAUAAGUUAAUGAAUUUCUUCUUGCCAUUUGCAUUGCUAGAAUUUUUUUUUGCCCCCCCCCCCCCCCCCCCAGCACACACGGGUAAUCUUAAUGCACGAUUUAAGUUAUUGCUGCUAUUGUGUCUCAUUCAAGCAUAGAGAAAUGUUCAGAUGCUAAUAAAAUUUGAGAGAAACCCUGGGGCAGAGUUGCAUAGAGAAGUGGGAUGGGCAGUCUGAAACUGCAGUCCUCUGUAUAUAAAUAGGUAUGGCACUUUUACCUGGGAUAGGAGACUUAACUCCCAAUUUACACAUUGGGUUUGCACAAGGUGCACAUUUUUAUUGCUUUUGGGCUCUUGGCUCAAGUGUUGCCAGUUACCCAGUAAAAUUCUUCUCGUUUCCAACAACUAUUUUUAAAUAACUUUUUUUUUUUUUUUAAAUAAAAGUACUGAAUGUUAAAUAUUGUCAUGUAGAUGUAAUUUCGGUCUCAUCUAUUACCCAUUUGAACAUGCAGAAACUACUUUGACCCCCCUGUACAAUGUAUAGGGGAGGGGGCUUUGUAUGUAAAUAUAAAUAGUAAAUGUACAGCACAAAAGCACGUGCGUGUGUAUAUGCUUGUGUGUAUGUAUGCUCGUGCGUGUAUAAAAACCAAAUAAAGAAUUUUGUAUGAUGUGUUGUAAGAAAAAAAAUAAAUUUUAGUUUUAUUGAA